UGGCAAUUGUUUCUGAUGCGUUCACAGUCGCCGACUGCGCGGCCCCGGCUACGCGCGUGCGCGAGUGAUGUUCCACCACUUAGCUUAAGUAUUAAGGAUUACUCUCGGCGUCCCGCGUCCUGAACCAUGGUCCGCAUACCCAUAUUCGUUGGACUCCUGCUGCUGGGAAGCAGCAGGUCCUCUCCGCAGGCGGUGCUCAAAACCUUCACUCUGGAGGAACUGGUCCCUUAUCGAGGGGAGUUUGCCCCGGACAGACAUACCGGGGAUUGGAUCUCAGAAAAAGAAUUCGUGCAAAGAGAACCCGGGCAGGGGAUCAUAAAGUACGAUGCUUCGACGCGGAUUCAAUCGACGCUAGUCGACGAAACCGAUUUGCACCAAUUGACCGGGUAUUCAGUUUCCAAGUUCUCAGAGGACUUAAAAUAUGUAUUGCUGACAUCAGAGGAAAAAAAGGUUUACCGAUAUUCACGCCUCGCCGUGUACUCGGUAUAUGACCUCGAAAACAAGUCGACCCAAAAUAUAAGCAAAGGGCAUCUGCAGGUGGCGUUGUGGGGCCACGGGCACUCACUGGCAUACGUACAGAACAACAAUGUGUACUACGUGCUCGACGCCGCGCGCCCCGACGAAGUCACGCCGCUCACUACCCGGGGCAAACUGGGGGAGGUCUACUUCGGCGUCGCUGACUGGAUCUAUGAAGAGGAGGUGUUGAAUGCGGCAGAGGCACUUUGGUUCUCGCCGGAAGGCACUUAUCUAGCGGUGGCAUCCUUUAAUGAUACUAAAGUGGAAUCGGCUUCAUAUCCUAUCUACGGGAACCCAUUUGACAUGAACAACCAAUACCCUGAAAUGGUGCGGUUCAAAUAUCCAAAGGCAGGUCGAAUAAACCCCGCAGUAGGUUUACAAGUCUUCAAACUUGGAGAUCCUCCCAGUAAAGCAAUGAUUAUUCCAGCGCCAGUGGACGUCGUCGGUCUCGAUCACAUUCUGGGACGAGUGGCGUGGGCAUCCGACCAAAAUCUAAUAGUGCUGUGGCUCAACAGACGGCAAAACAUUGGCUUAUUGGUCAACUGCGACUUGUCAAAUUCCAAAUGUAAUAUGCUGCAGGAGCUAUCGGAACCUAAUGGAUGGAUAGAUAUAACUCAGCCAUAUUUUGACAGCAUGGGAACUAAAAUGUUGGAUAUUCAACAUCAAUACUCUGACGAUAGAAGGUUUUCACAUGCUACCAUUUUCGAUUUCAAUAAUUUAGAAACGAAAGACCUAAGUCCGGGCAACGUGACUGUCACGGAACUUUUAGGAUGGAACGAAGAGAUGGAUGUAGUAUAUUACAUUGCUGCGCCUGAGAGCCUCCCAUGGCAAAGACAUUUGUGGUCGUCAACUUUGAAUGGCGAGGUGCGGUGCGUGUCGUGCAAGCAAUCUUCUUGUCAUGUCGUGGACGCAGACUUUUCACCAGGUGCCAGAUUUGGUAUCUUAUCUUGUAGUUCGAGUAAUGUUCCUCCUAAAAUAUUUUUAUACAGUACACAGACUGAUGAAUUCGUAUUGUUGAAAGAUAAUCAAAGACUGAAGGAGAAAUUAAGCAAGUACAAGUUGCCAAUGACUUUGUUUAAUAAGAUAAAGUUGGAGGAGGAUUUGACGGCGAACGUUAAGCUGUUACUGCCGCCAGCGAUCGAGAAGGGUCAUCAGUACCCAAUGGUAUUGCGAGUGUACGCCGGACCUGGGACGGCCCGAGUGUUGGACAACUUCGAUUUAGAAUACUACACUAUGUACUUAUCAGCGAACAGAAGUUUUAUAUCAGCGUCAAUUGACGUGCGAGGGUCUAAAGUGAUGGGCGUUGAGAAUUUGUUCGCCGUGAACAACGCUCUCGGGACCGUGGAAGUAACGGACACUCUCGCUGCCAUCAGACGCCUGAAGCAGUUGUAUCCGUUCAUCGACCCGCAGCGCGUGGGCGUGUGGGGCUGGAGUUACGGUGGCUUCGCGACCACCAUGAUGCUCGCUCGCGAUGAUCAACGCCUGCUCGCGUGUGGCGCUGCCGUCGCACCCGUCACCUCCUGGCUGUAUUAUGACUCAAUCUACACCGAGCGUUACAUGGACACGCCGCAAGUGAACAAAGCGGGCUACCACAACUCGGACCUCAUGUCCCUGUCGGAGACUCUUCGCGGUCGCAAGUACCUGCUCGUGCACGGCAGCGGCGACGACAACGUGCACUACCAGCACAGCCUGCAGCUGGCCAAGGUGCUGCAGCACUCGGACAUUGCCUUUGAACAAGUUACCUACACGGACGAGAACCACUCGCUUCGAGGCGUGAGUCGGCACUUCUACCACACGCUGGAUCGCUUUUGGACUCAAUGCUUUUACCCCUAGUUAUUAAUUAUAGACGGUCAAGCAAACCUGACCCCUAAAAAGGCGCGAAAGUCAAAUUUUCUAUGGAUGAUAAACUUUCGUCCCUACAUUUUCAAUACCUAUUUUUUUAAGUGUUAUAGUCUUGUUGAUUAUUCCGCCAACGUCAUGGUUUAGGAAGGCAUGCGCUUUAUGAAGACAACGCCGGGCCGGUGAGUCCUAUAUUUUUCAAAUUUUCCGCCUUUUUUAAUGACAAGAUUUGCUUGACCGUCUUUUACUUAGAUAUUUAUUAGUACUUUGUUAUAAGUAAGACAACGAGCUUGUGUUCAGCGUUAUUGUAACAUUAUGAUCUCCAAACUGAAGAGGAAAUGAAUUAAUUUCUGAACUCGUUUUUACUGUGCCUGUUAAUACACAAUAAAUAAUAAUUUAAUAAUAUA